AUGAUAUAUUCCCCUGCCCUAUAUGCGGAGAGAUUUUCCCCAAAAAACAACUUCUCGAACAACACCAAUCUAUCAAACAGGCCAUUUCAGAGCUCAUGGAUGGCGAUUCAGGGAAAGAUAUCUUUCAAAUCAUCUUUCAAAAUACUAUCGAUGUUCGAAGAGCACAGGGAGUACGUGAAACUGAAAGCUGCACGAAACGAGGUUAGAAAACGGGAUGAAAGGUGCAUUGCAGAUGGUAACGAACUGUUGAGAUUCCACUAUUCGACUUUUGUUUGUGAUUUGGGAAUCAACGGGAAUUCUAGUCUCUGCACUCAGCAGUACUGCAGCAUCUGUGGGAUCAUAAGGUCGGGGUUCUCUGCCAAGAUGAACGGCAUAUUGACGCUAUCGAGCAUCUGGAGAGCACACGUAGCGCUGCCCGAUGAGAUCGAAGAGGAAUUUGCCUUCAUGAAUGUGAAGCGUGCCAUACUGGUGUGCCGAGUUGUAGCGGGUCACAUCGGAAUCAUCGGAUGUGAUGAAGAUGUGGAAAAGGCAACUAUGAAAAAAAGGGCAAAGGAUUUUAAUAGGUUGGGGUGA